AUGCGGCGGCCAGGGCCCUCCGCGGGCCCCCGGGGGGCCGCCCUGGCCGCGGCCCUGCUGCUCGCCCUCUGCCCCGCGGGCGGCAUCAUGGAGCCCAGCGGCGAGGAGAAGCGGCUGGCCUGGAAGUACCCGGGCUGCGACCACCUGGUGGACCAGGGCCACCGCCGCGUCGAUUGGCCCUCGGUGCGGCUGCGGCUCGUGGAGACUCCGUACCCCUCCAGCAUCAAGGUCGUCUAUGAGGUGCUCGAGAGCAUGAGCGGGCUGAGCGCGGAGUACGACGAGGAAGCGCGACUCUGCAUGAUGGGCAUUCCGGCGAUCUUCUACAUCCUCACCAGGUACUCGUUAGACAGCGCCUUCAGCGAGGAGGACCAGCAGUGGGAUCCCGAGGGGUUGCGCAGGGCCAUAUUGCAGUACUCGGUGCUCGAGAAUUACAUCUCUUGCCUGGACCCAGGUCUCAUCAACCGGGCAAACUGGUCCUUCACGAACGAAGAGGUCAUGACCCUGAGGCGGCGGAUACUUCGCGCUUAUCGCCAACUCGAGACCAGUGGCCCUAGCCCCGCAGAGUAUGCCGCCCCUCAGCGGCUGCGCGUGUACGUCUACGACGAGGACGAGGUUCCCGAGCUGACCCCUCUCGUGCAAAGCCAGAUUUACUGCGGCAGGGGCCAGUGGGGCACUGACGUGCAAGUGCAUGACUUCUUCCUCACAUCGCCCUCCUAUACUGACGACCCAGCGCAAGCUGAUUUUUUUUUCGUUCCAGGGUAUGCGAUCUGCAUGCUGGAGAGCAACAUCCACACCUUGGAUGAGAUCGACGUGCUGUACACGCGGCUGAUACAGGCGCUGCCUUACUUCAACGCUUCCGCCGGAAAGGAUCACGUCUUCGUAUUCGGGUCAGGGAUGGCUCAUAGCGUCUUCCAGUCGUGGCGGCAGCACAUGGCCCAGGCAAUCGUGCUGACGCCUGAGACCGAGUUGUUCAAUGAUUUUGCAUGGAUCACCGAACCACCGUUCCAGACGUGGAAGGACGUCGUCAUACCAGGCAACCUGGACCUGGCCGAGGUGAUCGGCCUCCUAUCGGCCUCCAAGCCCCUUCAGGAACGGCGGCACCUGGCGACCUUCUACGGGAGGACGGAUACGGCCACGCGCGGGCCGCACCCGUGGGUCGGCGGCGUAGACGUGCGCAAGGAGCUCGGGAAGAUGCUGGACUUAGCCGGCGCAGGCGACCUGGACUUCGGGGGCGGCGCCACGCACGACAUCAUGCACGCGGCGCUCGGCGAUGCGCGCUUCUGCUUCGUCCCCCGGGGCAAGUCGGGCUGGUCGCUCCGCUUCUUCGAGUCGGUGUUCGCCGGCUGCGUGCCAGUGAUGAUAUCCGACCGGUGGGAGCUGCCGUUCGAGGAUUUCAUCGACGUCACGAAGUUUGUGAUCAAGUGGCCCUCCACGCGGCUGGGGGCUCCCGGCGGGGGCGCAGAGCUGCUGGCCUACCUGCGGGCUCUGCCCGACGAGGUCGUGCAGCAGUACAUGCACGAGGCCGCGAAGGUCCGCUGCUGGUACUUCUACCCCCCCAAGCGGCUCGACGUCAAGGUGAACCUGCACGGCAGCACGGGGUGUGCCCCGAGAGCUCCGGGCAGGACGCGUUCCAGGGCGUGCUGCGCGUCCUCCGCACGCGCGCGCGGAGGUCGCGGACGUCGUCCAGCUCCUUCUAUUUCCGUGACCCCGCGGGCGGGGGGCGGCCCCGCCACGUCGACCGGCAUCUCCAGCCGUGGCGCUGAAGAAAGCAGGCCGCGGCCCGGCGGGUCUGAGGGUGUUAGGCGCUCAGCCCAGAGUCCAAGAACAUCGGAGAGUGGCGCCGCUGGGAAGACCGACGAUUUCGCCCAGAGGCACUACCACCCCCUGAAUGCAUGCUCCAAGUGA